AUGGCGCCCGGCGUCCUUUCGUACUCCUCAUCGGGGACCUCGCCUUCGGCAAGCCCUGUGAUGAUGACCCCGAUCGACCACUCCGAUACCACGUCCGAUGGCUUCACCAGCCUGUCCGUGGGGCCCCUAGACGGUGUAGGCCUCAACAUUCACGGACAAUCCGCAAACGGCCACUCCAACGGUCACUCCAAUGGCCACUCCAACGGCGGCGCCGGCAACAGCGGCGCCAACGCGGCUUACACGAACCCCGUCGGCGGCAGCGAUGCCGGCCUGAAACAGAUGCCCAUCGCCAUCGUCGGCAUGGCGUGCCGCCUGCCGGGCAGCGUCUCGAGCCCUGCCGAAUUCUGGGAGCUGUGCUCCCGCGCCAGAACCGGCUUCACCCCCGUGCCCAAGGAGCGCUUCAACCACGAGGCCUUCUACCACCCGAACCCCGGCAAGACCGGGGCCUACCACGCCGAGGGCGGCAACUUCCUCGACGUCGACCUCGCCGCCUUCGACGCCCCCUUCUUCGGCCUGACGGAGAAGGAGGCCAUCUCCAUGGACCCCCAGCAGCGCCUGCUGCUCGAGUGUACCUUUGAGGCCCUCGAGAACGCCGGUAUUCCCAAGCACACCAUCAUUGGAAAAGACGUUGGUGUCUUUGUCGGCGGCAGCUUCGCCGAGUACGAGAGCCACCUGUUCAGGGACAGCGACACGAUACCCAUGCACCAGGCCACAGGAUGUGCCCAUGCGAUGCAGUCCAACAGACUUUCGCAUUUCUUCGACCUCCGAGGCCCUAGUUUCACGGCAGACACGGCCUGCUCGGCCAGUCUGGUCGCCCUCCACCUGGCAUGCCAGAGUCUGCGUGCCGGAGAGUCCACGUCGGCCAUUGUCGGUGGCUGCCACCUGAACAUGCUGCCCGAGUUUUGGAUUUCCUUCUCGUCCUGCAGAUUGCUUGCCGACUCUGGCCGGUCCAUCGCCUUUGACCAGCGCGGUACCGGUUUCGGUCGCGGCGAAGGCUGCGGCAUGCUCAUCCUGAAGCCUCUCGACCAGGCCAUCAGGGACAACGACUCGAUCCGUGCCGUCAUCAGAGGCACCGGUAUCAACCAGGAUGGCAAGACGCCUGGCAUUACGAUGCCCAGUGGCGCCGCACAAGAGAAGCUCAUGAGGCAGAUCUACAGAAACGCCGGCCUGGAUCCCAACGACUGCGGUUACGUCGAGGCCCACGGCACCGGCACCAAGGUCGGUGACCCGAUCGAGGCCACGGCGAUCCACAACGUCAUCGGCCAGAACAGGUCGAGCAAGGACCCUCUCUUCAUCGGCUCCGUCAAGUCCAACAUUGGACAUCUCGAGGCCGCCUCGGGCAUCGUCGGCGUCAUCAAGGCGGCCAUGAUGCUCGAGCGAGGCUUCCUGCUGCCCAACCACGACUUCAAGAAGCCCAACGAGAAGAUCCCGUGGAAGGAGUGGAACAUGAAGAUCCCCGCCACCCAGAGGCCGUGGCCCAAGAACAAGAAGUACAUCAGCGUCAACAACUUCGGCUUCGGCGGCACCAACGCCCACAUCGUGCUCGAGAAGGCGCCCUUCACGGCGCUGCCCAAGAAGGACAAGAACCUGCCGCCGCCCGAGGCCAAGAAGGUCAAGGGCACCAAGAAGAUCUACGUGCUGUCGGCCAACGACAAGAACUCGGUCAGCUCCGUCAUGAAGAACCUGGUCGUCUACCUCGAGCAGCGGCCCGAGAUCUUCCAGAACGACCUGAUGGACAACAUCGCCUACACGCUCGGCUCGCGCCGCUCCAUGCUGCCCUGGAGGGUCGCCAUCCCGGCCUGCGACUCGUUCGAGCUCAUCGAGACGCUCAACAGCGGCAAGGUCAUCCCCGGCAAGGAGACGGAGCCCCUGCGCAUCGGCUUCGUCUUCACGGGCCAGGGCGCCCAGUGGUGGGGCAUGGGCCGCGAGCUGUACGGCGCGUACCCCAUCUACACGGCCGCCAUCGACCGGGCCGACGAGUGCCUCAGGAAGCUGGGCGCCGAGUGGUCGCUGGUCGAGGAGCUCAGCCGGGACCAGGAGUCGUCCAAGGUCGGCGAGGCCCACAUCAGUCAGCCGGCGUGCAGCGCCGUCCAGCUCGCGCUGACGGACCUCCUCCGCACGUGGGGCAUCCGGCCCGUGGCCGUCGCCGGCCACUCGAGCGGUGAGAUCGGCGCCGCCUACGCCGCCGGCAUCAUCGGCUUCGAGGCGGCCAUGGCCGUCGCCUACCACCGCGGGCGCCUCGUGCCGAUCCUGAAGAAGCGCAACCCGGACCUCCGCGGGUCCAUGAUGGCCGUCGGCGGCAGCAAGGAGGAGGUGCAGCCCAUGAUCGACGCGCUGAAGCAGCAGCAGGUCCGGAUCGCCUGCUACAACAGCCCCUCGAGCUUGACCAUCUCGGGCGACACGGACGCGCUCAUCGAGCUCGAGAAGAACCUCGAGGAGAAGCAGAUGUUCAACCGGCGGCUGCAGAUCGAGACGGCGUACCACUCGCACCACAUGAACCUCGUGGCCAAGGAGUACCGCGAGUCCAUCUCGGACCUCCCGCACCCGCAGACGACGGACGUGCGGUUCCACUCGUCGCUGUACGGCCACCAGAUCGACGGGUUCGAGUGCCAGGCGCACUACUGGGUCAACAACCUGACGUGCCCCGUCCGCUUCUCCGAGGCGCUCGAGACCAUGCUGGAGCCCGUGGGCGAGCACAAGACGGGCGUCAACAUGAUCAUCGAGCUGGGCCCUCACUCGGCGCUGCAAGGGCCGAUCAAGCAGAUCCUCAAGCACGUGGGCGACGCGGCGACCAAGAUCCCCUACGUGUCGCCCCUCAUCCGCAAGAAGGACGCCGUCGAGUCGGCCAUCGACCUGGCCUGCAGCCUCGUCACCAAGGGCGCCAUCCUCAACAUGGACAACGUCAACUUCCCCAAGCUCAAGAAGAAGCCGGCGCUGCUGACGGACCUGCCGCGGUACGCGUGGAACUACUCCAACAAGUACUGGCAGGAGUCGCGCAUGACGCAGAUGCACAAGUACCGCAAGUCGCCGCGCAACGACCUCAUCGGGCUCGAGGCCAUCUACUCGAGCGAGCUGGAGCCGACGUGGAGGAACAUUGUCCACCUCGACGACCUCCCCUGGCUGCGCCACCACGCCGUCCAGUCGGUCACCAUCUUCCCCAUCUCGGCCUUCAUCGGCAUGGCGCUCGAGGCGUCGGCGCAGUGGGCGCAGCGCAAGGAGCUGGCCUACGAGAAGUUCGAGCUCCGCGACGUGUCCGUCGUCAAGCCCCUGGCGCUGCAGGACGCCGACGUCGAGCUGACCAUCAACCUGCGCCCGCACCAGGAGACGAACCUGAUCGCGUCCGACACGUGGAAGGAGUUCCGCAUCAGCUCGUGGUCGCACGGCAGCGGCUGGACCGAGCACUGCGUCGGCCUGAUCGCGCUGCACACCACCGAGACCAACGAGGUCGACGGCAAGGAGCAGAAGCUGGCGGCCCUGCGCGGCGCCGAGGCCACGAUGAAGGCCGCCGAGGAAGGGCCCGACGCCGUCGCCGUCGCCGAGUCCGACAUCUACGAGCGCCUCGCCGAGCUCGGCGUCGGCUACGGCCCGUCGUUCCAGGGCAUCCGGGACUGCAGGGCGUCGGGCAAGUACUCGGUGGGCAACAUCGCCGCCUUUGACGUGGCCGCCGACAUGCCCAACCACUACCAGACCAGCACGGUGCUGCACCCGACCUUCCUCGAGUCCGUCAUCGAGAUGUACUGGCCCAUCCUGGGCGCCGGCCGCGCCGACAUCAACACGGUCUACCUGCCGUCGUCCAUCGGCCGCAUGUCCGUCGCGCGCGACAUCACGGCGCUGACCAAGACGCCCGGCAGCACGCUCAGGGCCUACUGCAAGGCCGAGUUCCCGGCCGACGCCCGGUCGACCAAGGUGUCCGUCUUCGCCAAGUCCGAGGCCAACGACCUGGUCAUCGAGAUCGACGAGCUCACCGUCCAGCCCAUCAUCGACGGCGAGACGGAGCUGGCCAGCAACCCGGCGCGCGAGCUGUGCUACAAGCUCGAGUGGGAGGACAUUGGCAACCUGAAGACGCUCUCGGGCAAGGCCAAGGCCAAGAUCAACGGCGCCAACUCGUCGUCGUCGUCCUCUUCCGGGGUCAAGGUCGAGGCGCCGCUGCCGGACGUCGACGUGGCCAUCAUCCACGGCGACUCCAACUCGCAGCAGAUGCUGGCCAACGGGCUCGCCAUCGCGCUGGCCAGCGCCACGUCGAGGCUCCCCGAGAUGGGCGGCAUGCACGAGGUCAACACGGAGGGCAAGCUGACCAUCGUGCUCACCGAGAUCGAGCAGCCGUUCCUGGCGGACCCGAGCAAGGAGCAGUUCGCCGAGGUGCGCAACAUGCUCGCCGGCGUCCAGGGCUGCCUGUGGGUGGUGCGCGGCGCCUACGACAAGGCGACGUCGCCCGAGUCCAACAUGAUCGUCGGCCUCAGCAGGACGGUGCGGUCCGAGACGGUGCUGCCCUUCGCGACGCUCGACCUCGACGACAACACCCGCCUGGACGAGGACGACUCGUCGGCCGUCAUCUUUGAGAUCUUCAAGCUGGCCUUCGGCGCCGGCGCCUCGUCGACGAGCGAGCUCGAGUUCAUGGAGCGGUCCGGCCGCUUCUUCACGCCGCGCAUCGUCCACGACGCCGACAUGAACGAGUUCGUCCACCGCGAGACGAACCCGAGCGUCGUCGAGCUGCAGCCCUUUGGCAAGGACGGCCGGUGCCUGAAGAUGGAGUUCUCCACGCCGGGCGCCAUCGAGACGGUGCACUUCGUCGACGACGUGGCCGCCACGCAGGCCCUCGCCGACGACGAGGUCGAGUUCGAGGUCCGGGCCGUCGGCAUGAACCUCCGCGACGUCAUGCUCGCCAAGGGUCAGAUCCCCGAGGCCGACAAGCACGCGCUCGGCGUCGAGGCCGCCGGCGUCGUCACCCGCGUCGGCGCCGGCGUCACGGCGCACCGGGCCGGCGACCGCAUCGCGGCGCUGACCAUCAAGCACGGCGCCUACGCGACGCGCACGCGCACGACGGCCGCCAACGUCAUGCCCAUGCCCCCCCGCAUGUCUUUCGAGGACGCCUCGACGCUGCCCCUGGCCUACUGCACCGCCUACUACAGCCUGAUCGAGCAGGCCCGCCUGCGCGAGGGCCAGCGCAUCCUGGUGCACUCGGCCGGCGGCGGCAUCGGCCAGGCCUCGGUCUGCCUCGCCAAGAUGAUGGGCGCCGAGAUCUUCGUCACCGUCAGCACGGCGGCCAAGAAGAAGCUCCUCAUGCAGCACUACAACGUGCCCGAGGACCACAUCUUCUACAGCCGCAACACCACCUGGCGCGCCGCCGUCAGGCGCGCCACGGGCGACGAGGGCGUCGACGUCGUGCUCAACACCCUCCCCGGCGCCGACGCCCUGCGCGAGAGCUGGGCCUGCCUCGGCCGCUUCGGCUGCCUCGUCGACGUCCGCCGCAAGGACGGCUCGCGCGCCACCCGCCUCGACAUGGGCCAGUCCGACACCAACGCCACUUUCGUGAGCGUCGACGUUUUUGGGCUUGCCGCCGAGCGGCCCAAGGUCAUGGAGAGGCUCGUCGCCGACGUCUCGAAGCUGCUCGCCGAUGAUCAGCUCCGUCCCAUCGACCCGGCCAUCACCUUCCCCGUGUCGUGCAUGGAGACGGCCUUCAAGACGUUGCAGACGACCCAGGGCCCUGGCAAGCUCGUCGUCGUCCCCCACGCCGAGGACGUCGUCAUGGCCACGCCGUCCAAGGCCGCCAAGGCCCUGCUCAAGCCGGACGCGACCUACCUCCUCAUCGGCGGCACCGGCGGUCUCGGCCGCAGCAUGGCCCGCUGGAUGAUCGAGCACGGCGCCCGGAACCUGGUCCUCCUGUCCCGCAGCGGCUCCGCCACGGGCAAGGUCAAGGACCUCGUCGACGAGGCCGCCGAGGAGGGCGCCCACAUCGCCGUCCGCGCCUGCAACGUCGCCGACAAGUCCAGCGUCGAGCAGCUGUUCAACGCCGGCCUCAAGGGUCUGCCGCCGGUCCGCGGUGUUAUCCACGGCGCCAUGGUCCUUCGUGACGUCCUCUUUGAGCAGAUGAAGUUCAACGACUACGUCUCCGUCACCGAGUCCAAGGUCCAGGGCGCGUGGAACUUCCACAACGCGCUGCAGGAGCGCCAGACGGAGCUGGACUUCUUCAUCGCCAUCUCGUCCGCCGCGGGCGCCGUCGGCAACCGCGGGCAGGCCGCGUACGCGGCGGCCAACUGCUUCCUCAACGCCUUCGUGCAGCACCGCCUCGCGCUGGGCCUGCCGGCGACGUCGCUCGACCUGACGGCGGUCUCGGACGCGGGCUACCUGGCCGACGGCAGCGCCGAGCGGGCGGCCGAGGUGGCCAAGAACCUGGGCUCCGACAGCAUCUGCGAGGCCGAGGUGCUCGCGCUCAUCGGGGCGUCCAUCUCGGGCAAGACGGCGGUGUGCAACCACCACGUGAUCACGGGGAUGCGCAUCACGCCGACGAUCCAGCCCUUCUGGACGCCCGACGCCAAGUUCAAGGCGCUCCGGCUCGCGGCCGAGGAGCUCGCGGCGGCGGAGGCGGGCGCCGGCGGCGCCGUGUCGCUCAACGCGGCGCUCAAGGCGUCGCGCAGCGAGGCCGAAGCGAUGGAGGUCGUGUGCAAGGGCCUCGUGGAAAAGAUCGGCGCCGUGCUGAUGAUGGAGGCCGAGGACCUCGACGUGACGCGCAGCCUGUCGCACUACCCGCUCGACUCGCUCGUGGCCAUUGAGAUCCGCAACUUCAUCACGCGCGAGUUCGAGGCCAACAUGCAGGUGCUGGAGCUGCUGAGCAGCGGCAGCAUCCAGACGCUGACGCGGGCCGUGUGCAAGAAGAGCAAGCUGUGCGUCGGCUUCGACUGGAGCGCGUAG